GAACAACGUAUCAUUUUUGAUCCCACCCCUUAGAUAGAUACCCAACCUACUACCUGUAGUACAGAAAUCAUGUCCAGGCACCCCUUCCAUAGGCGAUUACUAAAGGAAUACCAGUCAUUAUCCCAAGCUACGCUCCCUGGAAUAAAACUCGUUAGUAAUGACGAGAACUUGACUAAUUUUAUAUUCCAAAUCAGAAUUGCUAAUCAUAAUUUAUACCCUGAUUACGAACGAUACUACUUAAGUAUCAACAUAACUCAAGAUUAUCCCGUCGAUUGUCCCCAAGUUAAGUUUAUCAUAUAUGAAUCAGUAGACGACGAUAAAGAAGAUUCAGAUUCAAUUGAGAUUAUUGAAAAAUCCAAAAUCCCAAUUCAUCCUCAUAUCUAUAGUAAUGGUCACAUAUGUCUAAAUCUUUUAGGAGAAGAUUGGACUCCUGCUUGUUCAAUCGAAUCGAUUUUGUUAAGUAUUCAAAGCAUGCUUAAUACAAAUGAUAAAUUGGAACGUCCUCCUGAUAACGAUCUGUACAUCAAGCAUGCCCCAUUAGAUCCAAAAAGAAGUAGAUUUGUUUAUCAUGAUGACAACGUAUAAUAGGGAGGUGGAGUUUUUUAUUUAUAUAAUAUGGCUUAUGUGUAUAGAAAUGAGGUCAUAACUUAAAACUGUGUCAGUAAACAAUUCAAAUUCUGUUUAUAUAAGUCACGUGGAUAAGAAAACAUGACUAUUUUAGUCGAACUUUUAGUCGAUAGGGCUUAAUAGAUCACAAAGCCAAACAAUAUUCAACAAAAAAACGCCUAUACGUUACCCCUCUUCUAUAUUCGGUGAUGUAUGUCCUAACUGUGCUACAAAAUUUCAGUUUUUUUUUUUAUCUGACAAAUGAAAAUUUUGUGUUGUCUGCAAAAGCGAGUAAAUGAGCGAGGUAUUUAAAUUUUUAAUUGGUUUGAGGUCAUUCUUUGAUAAGGCAAAUUAAUUCUGCCAGUAUGCCCGGUCUUAGUUGCCGGGUAUUCCCACAUUUCAAACUCGGGGGAGUUGCAGAGAAUGAGAAUAGUAUCGGCGGUAUAUUGUUUUAUAGUCUUGUCCCGGGGUACCCAGAGCUUCUUAUACAUUUUGAUGGAGAUCUCAAGGGAUAUGAUUCCGUUGUUUGCAGUUCGGGAUACAAACCCGAU